UAAUAAAAUAACCGGAUUCGGUUCCGAAAAGAAAACCCGUUAGUGCUUGCUGAGUAUAUCCAUAUAUAUAAGGAGGCCCAAAACCUAGGGUUUAGCCUCACAAGCAUACACAGAUAUACGAUCAUGGCAGAGAAGACAGUCUCUGAACUCGCCGAAACCAACUCGGAAACCGCCGCCGCUGCCGAGGAUAUGGAACUAGAAGCCUCAGAGCCCGCCCCGGCCGAAAAACCCGAUGAGGGCACUAACGGCGAGGCUGAGGCGAACGCGAAACGGCUCAGGGAUGAGGAGGGGAGUGAAGGAAACGACGCCGUGGCGAAGAAGACGAAGGUGGAGAAGUCGCCGGAAGAGGAGCGGUUGGAGAAGUUGGGGGAAGGAAAAGAGUCGGGUCGGGUCAGCUUGGGCCCGAAGAGUUUCGGGUCGUCCGUGGAGAUGUUCGACUACUUCUACAAGUUGCUUCAUUAUUGGCCGACUGAUCUCAGUGUUAAUAAGUAUGAGCAUCUGGUUUUGCUGGACUUGCUUAAGAAGGGUCAUGCAGAGCCUGAUAAGAAGAUUGGUGGAGGGGUCCAUGCUUUCCAAGUUCGAACCCAUCCAUUGUAUAAAAGCAGGUGCUUCUUCCUCAUUAGGGAAGAUGAAGCUGUUGAUGAUUUUAGUUUCAGGAAGUGUGUGGAUCAGAUACUUCCCUUGCCAGAGAACAUGAAAGCACACUCUGACGCCAAUAAAGCCUUAGGUGGGAAAGGUGGCCGGGGUGGCGGCGGCGGAAGAGGAGGUUGGCGUGGCCGUGGAAGGGGUAAGCCGAGAAACUGAAUUGUAGUCUCCAGGUUUUCCUUUGCUGGAGGUUUGAGUUUUAGCAUAGGUUCAAAGAAGAAAAGUUAUGGGCCUUGCCUUAUAUUCCUUCUAUUUUAUUGAGAUAAAACAGUUGUAUUUUCCAAAUUUGAUUGAUAAUGGUUU